CCGUUGCCUGUGUCUCAGCCAGUAAACUUUUUUUCUCUUCAAUGGCGACUCCAAAUCCUUAUCUCAACACGCCAACAAAAACCCCAUCAGAAAAAUCCUCUUCAAAGCAUCAACAUAACUCUUCGGAGUCGGCUUCCGCUCGCUCCUCUCGAUUCGAGGCCUACAACCGCCUGCAGGCCGCGGCGGUAGCUUUCGGAGAGAAGCUUCCGAUCCCGGAAAUCGUUGCCUUGGGAGGUCAGUCUGAUGGAAAGAGUUCUCUCCUUGAAGCCCUCCUUGGAUUCCGGUUCAAUGUGCGUGAAGUCGAGAUGGGUACUCGACGACCUCUUAUUUUACAAAUGGUUCACGACCCGACUGCUGUCGACCCACGUUGCCGGUUCCAGGAAGAAGAUUCUGAAGAAUAUGGAAGUCCAGUUGUUUUGGCAUCUGCAAUUGCGGAUAUUAUAAAAUCAAGAACUGAGGCACUUUUGAAAAAGACUAAAACUUCAGUUUCUUCCAAGCCAAUUGUAAUGAGAGCUGAAUAUGCGCAUUGUCCUAAUAUCACAAUAAUUGAUACUCCAGGCUUUGUUCUCAAGGCAAAGAAGGGAGAGCCGGAGAACACGCCUGAUGAAAUUCUUUCAAUGGUAAAGUCACUUGCUAGUCCUCCCCAUCGGAUUCUCUUGUUUCUUCAGCAGAGUAGUGUGGAAUGGUGUUCAUCAUUGUGGUUGGAUGCCGUUCGUGAAAUUGAUCCAACCUUCAGAAGGACAGUAAUUGUUGUCUCCAAGUUUGAUAAUCGGCUCAAGGAGUUUGGUGAUAGGUGGGAAGUAGAUCGGUAUUUGAGUGCUAGUGGAUACCUUGGGGAGAAUACUCGCCCAUUUUUUGUGGCCUUGCCAAAGGACCGGAGCACUAUUUCAAAUGAUGAAUUUCGCAGGCAAAUUUCUCAGGUGGAUUCAGACGUUCAGCGUCAUCUACGUGAAGGAAUUAAGGGAGGAUAUGACGAAGAGAAGUUCAAGUCCAAUAUCGGUUUUGGAUGUCUGAGGGACUUUUUGGAGUCCGAGCUUCAGAAGAGAUACAAAGAAGCUGCUCCAGCAACUCUGGCUUUGCUUGAGCAACGCUGCACUGAAGUUACCACUGAGCUGGCCAGAAUGGACUCUAAAAUACAGGCUACUUCGGACGUUGCUCAUCUCCGUAGAUAUGCCAUGUUGCAUGCAGCUUCGAUCAGCAAUCACGUGGGAACUUUAAUUGAUGGAGCAGCAGAUCCUGCACCAGAGCAGUGGGGGGAAACUACGGCAGAGGAACAGUCAGAGAGUGGUAUUGGAAGUUGGCCUGGUGUUAUUGUGGAUGUAAAACCUCCUAAUGCCACUCUUCGGCUCUAUGGAGGAGCUGCUUUUGAAAGGGUGAUUCAUGAAUUUCGUUGUGCUGCAUAUUCCAUUGAGUGCCCCCCAGUAUCAAGGGAGAAGGUGGCAAAUAUAUUACUUGCCCAUGCUGGCCGCGGUGGGAGUAGAGGAAUAACAGAGGCUGCUGCAGAGAUUGCACGUGCGGCUGCACGGUCAUGGUUUUCUCCUCUUCUUGACACUGCUUGUGAUCGGCUUGCCUUUGUCCUAGGAAACCUCUUUGAUCUUGCCCUUGAGAGAAAUCGCAGCCAAGAUUCUGAAUAUGGAAGAAAAUCUGGAAACAUGGAUGGAUAUGUUAGUUUUCAUGCAGCUUUGAGACAUGCUUACAGUCGGUUUGUGAAGGACCUAGCCAAGCAGUGCAAGAAACUAGUUCGACAUCACCUGGAUUCAGUCACCAGUCCAUAUUCUCUGGUUUGUUACGAGAAUGAAUGUCAAGGAGGCUUUGGCAGUGGCAUUUCUAACUAUAAAUUCAAUCAAGCUUCAGCUGGUUCAUUUUGUUUUGAAUUAUCUGAUGGUGGGGCCGCAUCCCGUGAUGAAACAAUGAGAGAUCAGGAGAACAUAGCUCCACAGAAGAACACACAGCAAACAACUCCAGGAAAAGGUGAAGACGGCAGAGAAGCUCUACGAGAAUGCCAAAUGACUGUGCCUGAGACCCCAUCUCCUGACCAGCCAUGUGAUUUAGUCUAUGCAGCCAAGAAGGAGCCUGGGAACUUCAUAGAAGUUGGACCUCGAAAACGAAUUUCAAGGAUUACAGGCAAUAGAAAUGGUGAACAUUUAAGAGUUCAAAAUGGUGGUGGUCUUCUAUUUGGAAAUGGUGACAGAGACAGUGGUUCAAGGUCAAACUCAGCUUUCUCAGAAAUCUGUUUAUCAGCUGCACAACAUUUUGCUCGGAUACGCGAAGUUCUUGUCGAGCGAAGUGUUACAUCAACUUUAAACUCUGGAUUUUUAACCCCUUGCCGAGACCGGCUUGUGGUGGCAAUUGGAUUGGAUUUGUUUGCUGUGAAUGAUGAAAAAUUUAUGGACAUGUUUGUUGCACCUGGUGCCAUGGAAGUGUUAGAAAAUGAGAGAGAGUCUCUGGAAAAACGUCAGAAAAUUCUCCAAUCUUGCUUAAACGAGUUCAAGAAUGUUGCUCGGUCACUUUGAUGAUGGCAACUCGCAACUCCAGUUCCCUGUUGAUACCAAGGUUUCACAUCUAGUGAAUAUGCAAAGUUCUGUUUUCCAUUUUUUUAUAAACUCAAGUUACUGUAUUACACUAUUGUGACCUGUCAAUUUGAUCUCAAUCUUUCAAGGUUUUU